GAAUCGGAAUUUUAAUUGCAAAUCGUCUAGCUUUUCCGUUACCUUAACAGUAUAGUCGAAUUACAUUGAUAAAAGUCCAAUCCUAUCGCUAAUCCGAUUAACAAAAAUAACUUUAUCUAUUCGAUAAAUCAGAGCCGAUUAUAAUUUUUAACCAAUGACAUUAUGAUCCACAGAGUAUCAACAGCACGACUUAAAUAUUCACGCAGUCGUUCAGUGGUUAAAAUAAAGUCAGUUUCAAAAUAAGGUGUUUUUCAUUAGUUCUAUUUCCUCGAGAAACACAAUUCGAAAAGGCCGCAGCAAUAAACAUCUGCUCAUUUUCAAUGUAACGAACUCAGUUUUCUUUCGAGCCUAAUGGAAGUUAUUGGGGUGCUCAGAAAUUUGUUUUGAUAAUUUGUAAAUCUUAGUAUCAACAUGCAUACGAGUGCUAUUCUCUGGGUUCCACUCAGUAUUUUCUUUGUUAUCACACUAACGUUCUUAGCUAAGUACUCAUUCGAUCGAAGACAUUACAAAAAUGCGUCGCGAAGAGCAGUUGCAGCAGCAAAUAAUAUCGAGAACACUAACACCACAGUUGUAUAUACAAUACCAACUACUGGUCAGUUGAACUCAGCCUAUCCGGAAUUGCAGAGACAAAUGUCGAAUGGCAGACCACCUCCAUACGUAUCAUCUGGUGAAUCUCCACCUUCAUAUGAUCAAGCAGUGUCGAUACCAAUCGAUCAACCUCGAGGUAACAUGGUCAUUAAGUAGAAUUUCCAUUAACCCUUUGUAACAAUGGUCCUAAAUUUUAUUUUACUCUUUAAGAACUUAAAUUAAUUUACACAUUUAGCUUGUAUGUGUCCAGCUGUGAAUAAAAUGAUACGUUUUUUCUACUA